AUGGUAAAGAAGAAUCAAGAAGCGAGAGAACAGCAGAAGCAGCUACAGCAGCAGCUCCACAAGAGUACUUCUGAAAAGGAACGCUAUUCCACGAGUGGGACCACCGGCAGCGGACAUAGAAGAGAACCUGCCUCAGAACCUGCCGCUGAUCCUGCUGACUCCAGGUUUCUCCCUGACACAGGCCCGUCCACCUCUACCACAGGAAGCUCAGCAAGCAUUCGUGGACAAUUUAGAGGAUGGAAAGAGAGGAAGUGGCUGGUUAAUGAGUCCAAACUCAUGGAACUAUUCCAAAAAUGCACUUUUUGUGGAGCUGCAAUGUGUGAUGUGAACCAAACUGUGAAAACAUCUGGCAGCAGGAUCAGAGUCACAUGGCAAUGUAACAGUGGACACACUGGAGAUUGGGAAUCAUGCCCAACUGUCCGUGGAAUGGCGGAGAACAACCUGCUAGCAGCAGCAGCAGCAACACUCUUCACUGAUGCUACUUACACAGACAUUGCUGAUUGGGCAGGGCUUUUGAACCUUCAGCUGCCCCAGAAAUCCACCUACUAUAGCAUACAGUCCAGCUACCUGAUUCCAGUUAUCGCAGAAAAUUACAAGAAGCAGGAGGACACUAUAAGAGCAAGACUCAUCUGCCAGACUCUAGAUGGUGAGGAAGUGCAGAUCUGCGGAGAUGGGAGAAGUGAUAGCCCAGGCCAUUCCUGCAAAUACACAACGUAUUCCUUCAUGGAUGACUCCACCAAUCAAAUUGUAACAUUUGAGUUGAUUCAGGUGACCCAGGCCAAAUGUUCUGUUGCGAUGGAGCCAAUGGGUUUCAAGAAAGGACUGGAAAAGUUCCUAGAUGAAGGGAUCGAUGUAAAGGUUGUCACAACCGACAGACAUCCCUCUAUCAGGAAAAUAAUGAGGGAGGAUUUUCAAAACAUAGAACACCAGUUUGAUCCAUGGCAUACCGCAAAAGGAAUCAAAAAGAAAAUGGUUUUGGCAUCCAAUCGCAAGAACUGCAUGGAACUGGCACCUUGGAUAAAAUGUGAGCAAUCACAUGUGGUGGAGCUGUAGCUCAUCAAAAGGAGAUCCAAAGGAAUUGCUGAGACGAUGCAAGUCAAUUCUACAUCAUAUCUGUGGGGUCCAUCGCUGGGAAGAAGAUGGCAUGGAACACAAAUGCUACCACACUGAGCUGCCAGCGGACGAGCAAAGAAAGAAGAAGUGGUUGGCCGAAGACUCCCCUGCCUACAAGGUCCUUUAUGAAGUGGUCCCGAAUACACGCCUACUGAAAGACCUGGAACAAAUGGCACUGUUCAAACACACGGCACAACUUGAGGUCUUCCAUAAAGCCCUUCUCAAAUACUGUCCCAAAAGAUUGCACUUUGAAUAUGCAUCCAUGCAAGCGCAAACAAUGUUGGCAGUCAUGGACCAUAAUGAAAACCACAACACACAAUGACAACAGGCAAAAACUGCGUCUAGCCUACAAAGACACAAUGUGGUUUUCCAAAAACAAUCCAAACAAUGGAUUGCCAGACCUGUCUACCAGGAAACAACACAGACUUUCAGGAACGACAUGAUGGAUGCAGUCAUUCAGAGAAGGCUGGAUCCAUCGGUGAAAUACCAAGACCCCGAAACCCAUUUCAAAGUUCCCCGUUUGGCUGCUAACAUCGCCAGAGUUUCAAAACCCAGGAAGGAGGAUGUCAUUUCCGGACACGCAUCAAGGUUCACAGGUCCAGACUCAUAAUGCUGCAUGGCACCUGGGCAGGAAUGGACAGCUCACCUGGCCAGGUCAGGAGCACAGGCAUUCAAGCAAAUGUCCCAGAGACGAGCACUGCAACCAUGGAGAAACCAACUCUGCAGCACAUUGUGGAUGAGGAGGCUAUUCUGCAGCUGAUGAAGAACUGCCCGAUGUGCAACAGAAACUGCCGCUGUACAAAACGCACUCGCAGUCCUUACUUCAUAGUCUACCAGAGCUGUUACUACUGCAAUUAUCAACGCGCAGGUGGGGCAACCAGCCUGAAGCUAGAAAUAUGGACAUUCGUAACAAGAAACUAAAGCCAACAAACAAGGUGUCUGUAAAUGCCAAGGCUCAGUCAUCACAGCUUAAUAAUAAAUGCAUUUCUGAAUCCUGA